GGGCAGCAUCGCGUCUGCCGGCUUCCUCCUGCCGAUCAGAAGAAGAAGAGGAGGAGGAGGAGGAAGAGGAGGAGUAGAGCCGCGGUGUGCGCGCAGACGCUCAGUUGAAGAUGGCGGACACAGAAGGAGCAUCAGUGAAGAAGAAGAAGAAGACGAAGGCGGUCAGCGAGGAGGAAGUGGGGGAGAUCCAGCAGAGCGGAGACUUCUUCAUCAAACCAGAGGCCAGAGCCGCCUCGCUGGACACGUCGCAGUGGCCCCUGUUACUGAAGAAUUUUGAUAAACUGAACAUCCGGACGGCUCAUUACACUCCUCUACCGAGCGGCAGCAACCCUCUGAAGAGGAACAUCCAGGACUAUGUCAGGACGGGGUUCAUCAACCUGGAUAAACCGGCGAACCCGUCGUCUCACGAGGUUGUGGCGUGGAUCAGGAGGAUCCUGCGGGUAGAGAAGACGGGUCACAGCGGGACGCUCGACCCGAAGGUCACCGGGUGUCUGAUCGUCUGCGUGGAUCGAGCCACGCGAUUAGUCAAGUCCCAGCAAAGUGCCGGUAAAGAGUAUGUGGGAAUCGUUCGGCUGCACAAUGCGAUAGAGAGCCAACACGCGCUGGCUCGGGCCCUGGAGACGCUGACCGGCGCUCUGUUCCAGCGACCGCCGCUGAUCGCCGCCGUCAAACGUCAGCUGAGAGUCCGAACGAUCUACGAGAGCAAACUGAUCGAAUACGACCCCGAGAGGAGGCUGGGCAUCUUCUGGGUGAGCUGUGAGGCGGGAACUUACAUCCGGACUCUGUGUGUCCACCUGGGUCUGGUCCUGGGGGUCGGAGGUCAGAUGCAGGAACUGAGGCGAGUCCGGUCUGGAGUCAUGGGAGAGAAGGACCACAUGGUGACGAUGCACGACGUGCUGGACGCUCAGUGGCAGUUGGAUCACAACAAGGACGAGUCGUACCUGCGGCGAGUCAUCUUCCCUCUGGAGAAGCUGCUGGUGUCUCACCGCCGCCUGGUGAUGAAGGACAGCGCCGUGAACGCCAUCUGCUACGGGGCCAAGAUCAUGCUGCCGGGCGUCCUCAGGUACGAAGACGGCAUCGAGAUGAACCAGGACAUCGUCGUCAUCACAACCAAGGGCGAGGCCAUCUGUACAGCGGUCGCUCUGAUGACCACGGCGGUGAUCUCCACGUGUGACCACGGCAUCGUGGCGAAGAUCAAGAGGGUGAUCAUGGAGAGAGACACGUAUCCUCGCAAGUGGGGUCUGGGUCCGAAGGCGUGUCAGAAGAAGUUGAUGAUCCAGAAAGGACUCCUCGACAAACACGGGAAGCCCAACGGCAGCACGCCAAGCGACUGGAAGAGCCAGUAUGUCGACUACAGCGUCUCCAAGGUGACGGAGGAGUCAUGUGAUGCUUCAGCUAAGAGGAAGCGGGAGGCGGCAGACAGCGACGGCGAAGCUGCGACGCCUGGCACGCCGUCUGCAGAGGACGUGAAGAAAGAGAAGAAGAAGAAAAAGAAAGAGAAGAGGGCAAAACUGGAGGAGGCGGGGCAUGGCGGUGCAGCCACGGAGCCUGAAGAGGAGGGGGCGGAGCCUACCACAGAGGUCGAAAGUGCCAAGAAGAAGAAAAAGAAGAAGAAACAGAAAGACAGCGACGCGUCAGAGUAAGGACGCCACAUCAGCAGGUGAACAGGAAAUGGACUCUACCCAGUGACACCUGUCUGAACGCAAAGCAUUCUGGGAGUCUAAUAACAAUGGACUGCACGGACGCAGAAAGAAGAGGACAGUUUUUGUUUUUUAUAAAGAUGUUAUGUUUUUGCAGCUGUAAAUACCUGAACAGGAAGCCGUUUGUAAUUUCAAAUUAAAAGUCUUUGUUUUCUGUA